AGAUAUGCUCACAGUUACCAAUUGAAAGCAGUUGACGUACCAUUCUGUCAAAUCGUUUCGUCAAAUUGACAGGAUCGAUGGUCUCCAAAUGAAUAGGGGUAGCCAUGUGAAGACCUUUGACCCACUGAUCCAAUAUGAAUAUGUUCGUCUCCAUAUUAUCUUUAUCUAUUGGAAGCAGAGCCCUUUGUUGUAUUUCACAAAAUAGAAGCCAACUUUCCACCACAGCUAGCAGCCUCACACAUCAAAUCGCUGAUCUGAGCCCCUCGGUUGCUGCGGUUGUACUUAGUGGUGUGUUUCAAGGUCAAUUCACAUCAUCAUCACCGCAUCAAGCAAGUCCCAUGGGAUGGCUGCUGAUUAUGACAUUCUACCUUUGAGUAGGGCGGACAUGGUUUCUGGUCACCUGGAAACUCUACCAUGAGAACAAGAACCCAAGUCGAGGCGCA